AUGUUCAAGCGCUCGCGACGACGCGAUCAUUCGCUUCAGCCACCUCUUACAAAAGAGACAGCCGCUCCCGAUGCUGCCAUGGCCGCGGCAUCCGCGUACAUGCGUGGGAACAACAGCCCAGCCCCAUCGUUAUCAUCAGCAGCCGCAGCCGCAGCCUUGCGAGCGCAGCCAGCGCCACUCACAAAUGUUGCGGAGGCGCCGUCUAAAAGGGUCCAGCGACGGGCUUCCUCGCUGUCGUCCCCCAUUGGCGGCCGCGAUCGAGGAAAGAAUUCCAGGCUGCCCAGAACGCCUAGCGUGAGCUCAAUGACCGAGCGGACCUUUCGAUCGCCAUCGCCGGCUCGUACGGCUCCUAAUAAGAAGCAAGAUGUACCGCCUGUCCCUAGCAUGCCCGCCUCUAAAAAUAUCACAACCCCAUUGAAAACACAAAAUUUCCGAACUGCAAGCCAGAAAUCCAAAGGCCAUCCGCAAGGCGCUUGGUUUGGAGCCGCCGUAAUUCAAAAUGAGCAAAUACCAGAAUCGAUACCGAAAUCGUCUCCUGAUUUACCAGAAUCCCGAUCAGGGAGUGUUAGUUCCUCGAUCAAUUUUUCAUAUCCCCGCCGCACGCCAUCAUACGAUUCAAAUCUGCCAGCUGAACACGAGCUUGUUUAUGAUCCGAAUUCAAGAAGAAUGGUUCCAAAGACCACGGCUAUAACAGCAAGCCGUCAAGCUGAGGAUGUUGUUUUAAAAUCAUCCGACAAAGCUAAGGGAACAAAGCCAGUAAGAAGGGGUCCUACAACACAAGAACUGGCGGAUGAAAUGAGUAUACCGCCGCCCAACAAUAUCCGAACGGAGUCUCCUUUGUUAGCAUCUGACCAGUCAAAUGAUCCAGACUUCUUUGAGAGGAGCCAUCCGAACGACAUUUCCGGUUCUAGCCGACUGAUAGCUGCAGUGGUGGAAAAGCCUUCACCAAUGAGAGAAAUUGAAAAGAAGGCUUCCAAAGAUUUUCAAUAUCAAAAAGAUUACCACAAUGAGCUACCUGAGAAUCUGGCGUCGGCAAAGACGUCGGCGAGUGUAUCGCCCAGCUUAUCCAAAUAUGACAACUUCAAGGUUGAAGCACCUUUUUCAUAUGCUGGAUCUAGUUCAGAGACAUCCGUACGUUCGGCACACUUUGCUUCAUCGGCUGAUCGUCUGGCUGUUGUUAAACACGAGCCUCCACCGCGCUCUCUAUCGCCUAGAAAAUCCGCCAUGAAAUCCUCUAUUUCGAGUAGAGGAAGUUUGUCCCAGAAUCCUAAUGAGAUUCUGGAGUAUUCAGGGCUAGGCAUUUCUCAUCCCAGUGGAGAGGAUGCCGUUGCAGGUCAAAAAAGAGGUGCCAGAGUAAGCUGGAACGAUAAUAGCACAGUCAUGGCUAUCGAACCGACCAAAUUUGAGGAAGCAGAUUCCACAGCAGCGUCCAACAGUCACUCAAGACAGAAAGCAUAUAACGCUGUCGAUGGACAGAAAAUGGCCACUGAAUCUACACUGCAGGAGGAUGAGCUGAUGUCUCCCCGGCCGGCUCUUCCAUUAUUUGGAAGCGUGCGUGACAAAAAGGGGAAGGAGCCCGAGGAACGACAGCUUGUUCGCCCGCGGGAACGAUCGUUAUCGCCUCAGUCAAUGCCGCCAUCCACUUCUCACGCAUCAUCUUUUACAGCCAAAAAUGAGACUAUCCCAUCGGUAGAGCCAGUUAAGGGACUCAGCUUCAAUCGAGACCCGAUGCCAAGAAAUGUAGCAAACAUUUCAAAGUACCGAGAGCCACUACCAUCUAUUAUGGCGUCUACCGAAAGUCUUGGGCAUGAAGGCGAAGAUAUGGACAGCUCGGAUGACGAGCGGUUUGAAGACGUAUUGACCGGCGCGGACGAGUCAACGUCUCAAAACCCUUCUGGAGAUUUAUUACCAGAUCCAUCCUCGACAUCUAAGUUGUCAGACAAUGAAGCUUCCAAGGCAAGCUCGAAUUUCAACGAAACGCCCUUUUCGCCACCGGAGAUGCAAUAUGACGGUGUUGUACUCAUGGCUCGAUCAAACUCUCUCCCAGGCAGUUUCCCGCCUGAGGACAAUAUUCCCAAGUUCAACUCGGGCAACGCGAAUGGCUCUGCCGCGCCAAUCUCAACUCAGGCUUCAGGAUCCAAGACGGUCAAACUUACCCAAUUGAUUGAUGAAAACAAGAUCGAGGAAGAGUCGGAUAAAGAUAGCAUCUACAGUGACGCCUACGAAGACCAGCCCCAGGCCGCAGAAGACGGAUUCAUGUCGAUUGACGCUGCAUUGGCCAACCCACCACUCUCUCAAUCAGGCAAUAGCAACUUCGAUCUGAACACAAGUCACGAACAAAAGCUGUCGGAUCAAGAUGCCGAUGCCGAUGACUGGGAAAGAACCAAGGCAUACUGGAAGAGCUUGACGUCUGACGAGAGACGCCGACUAGAAAUAGAAGCUCUCCAGGAAGCAGAUGAUGAUGCUCUCCACGGGGGGUUAGCAGCAAAAGGCUCCGCGGCCGCAACCGAUGUCUCGGGCUAUCCUCUCAAGGCGAAGCAAAAGAAACAUAUUCACCGGCCCCCAGUUGAACGCCCGCUACCAGCCGACUUGGCAUCACCCAGAGCAGCUCAAGACCACAAUGAUCCUUUGAGGCAGGUAGAUGCCCACACAGGACAUCGUUCACUUCCACAGUCUGAAGCCACGAAAACCAGUAAUACAGCGACAGGGCGCGGCUUGAAAAAGCUAGCAAAGCUCAAACGCUCCCUCAGCAGUGAGCCAAGACAUGCAGACGAUAGUCGAGGCUCCGUCGCCCGGCCCAGCUCCUUAUAUAGCCCCGUUAUCUCAACAGGCUCUGGCCCGAAGCACGGAUCAAGGAAUCUUGCAAGUCCUAUAGAACAACCAGCCACGAGCCCAGCAAUGAAUGCGGGUAUGAAGCCUACUCUGAGACGACGAGGGUCCGAUUCCAGCGAGAGCAGCUUCGUGCGCAGUAGAUCAGCCAGUGAUACGCGCCGUGGAUUCAGGGCAUCAAUGAGAAGCAACAUGUCUGAGUCAAAGCUAUCAAUGGGCAAUACAAGAGCCGGAAAGAGGACGACUCUACGCUCAUUAUCACCCUCGGCAUCGCAUGCACAGCGCCAUUCAGUCGUACCUACAUCUUAUUCUGAGACAGUGACUGUGCAUCAAGGGAAUCGUUUAUUCCACCAAAACGCAGCCGCGCCACAAACCAACCGAUCUAUACCAAAACGGUAUGAAGACUCAGCAUACGAGGAUCAUUUGUCAGAUUCUAGCGAUGAUGAUCUAAACACCACCCCAUUGACAAACCGCUCGCUGACGGGCGACGAAUACGAGCCCGCUCAAUCCAAAUUGAAACAUUCUUUUUCCCAUUUGUACGCACGCAAUAAAACGCCCGACCACAAUCCCAACACCAAUGCAGGCUUUGUGUCCAGUUCACAGAAACCCAACAAGCUAAAGCGGAGAGACGACCAAUACCACAACGAGGGAGAUACACACGUGCCUCAGAGGCCGAUCUCUCAGCCAAUUAGUGCUGCCGCAGCACAAGAAGCCUCGUCUCGCCGGCCAGGACUGAUCUCAUCGUUCAUGCGUAAGAAGGAUCACCGCGAGACGCAUGAACUACAGCACAACACCGAAGACGCACACGGCAGCGGGUGGCCACUGCAGAACAGGAGAGCUGUGCCCAAUGAACUCCCAAUGACGUCAACAAUUGAAGACGGGGGGAGAAGGUCCGCAGCUAGCGGCUCGAUUGGCCUGACGUCAGAUCCCCGCCAACAGCACGAGCUUCGCGGGAGCCCAGAUCCAGGCCACGCAGAGCAUAAGCGAAAGAAAUUUAAUAGCAUACGCAAAAUGUUUAAAAUUAAUGACUAG